ACACGUGCCGCCGCGGCCUCGUAAAGAAGCAGGUGACGCUGCUCUCUUGAGCAGAGAGAGAGGGAGGAGGCGGAGGAGUGGUCGACUUACGGACGGUCGCGGAGACGGACAGCCGGAGAACAAGUUUCCUGCUUCGGCAAAUUGCACUCGGUCGUUGUUGUUUCGGUCUCGCGAGGUACAAAAAAAACUGGUCUCGUUGCUGAGACGAUCGGGCGAGAGAAGACAAUCGCGAGCCGAUUGAGCAGGGGCAGCUACGGCGCCGUCGAACCUGAGGAGAUUAUGGUGUGACAGGGUGUGCAGACAGACAUGGGGUUCUCGACGGCGCUGCAGGGCCAGGGUGCCCACGAAGUGCUGCUGCAGAGGCAGGACGCCGAGCUGCGGUUGCUGGACACGAUGCGCAGGUGCCUCGCCUCCAAACUCAAGUGCGACCGCGAUUUCGCGCAGGGGGUCGCGGGGGUCGCCGCGCAGGCCACCAAGAGGGACUGGAACGACGAACUGCAGGACAGCAACCUGGCCAAGGCCUGGUGCGGUUUUGCGACGGGUCUGUCCGACCUGGCGCGGGAGGUGCGCGAGGGCGCCGAAAACCUGGAAAACAAGGCGCUGCAGGCCCUCAAGGGGCUGCACGAGUCGCGCAGGGACGCGCGCAAAACCUACCACGAGGAGCACCUGAAAAUCAUCCAGCGACUAUCGAGCCUCUCCGAGGCGGUGCAGAGGAAGAGGAACGAAUAUCAAAAACAGUUAGAGGUGUACAAAACAACGCGGUCCCGUUUCGAGGAGCAAUAUGUCAAUUCUGGACGCACAGGACCCAAACUGGCCGAAGUGAUGGACAAGUACCAACGGGCAUGCAGACGGCUGCACCUGAUUCACAACGAGUACGUCUUGCUACUCAAUGAAGCAAGUAAUUACGAGAAGGACUUCCGCACCAGCCUUCUGCCCGGCCUACUUGAGCUGCAGCAAAACCAACAGGAGACGGCGCUCACAACCCUAAAAAGGAUUUUGGCCGAAAUCGUCAAGUACACAAACCUUUCGUCGGAGAAGUUUGCGGAGAUUUACACGCGCAUGAGCUUUGGAGUCAGGGACAUAAAACCCAAAGAAGAAUACCAGAAGUUUGCAGAGAAACACAAGACGGAUCCAAAAUCUCAGCAAAAGUUUGUGUUUGAUGAAUCGCUGACGGAGGAUUCGUCAGGAAAGCUGCAGCCAAAUGUGAUAGCUGUUGACAACUUAACUCUGGACUGGCUUAAAGCAAAAAUAGCAGAGCUGGAAAAUGAGCAAAAGGAUUUGCAGUCGAAACUCAAGGACAAGGAGGAAACGCUGGCCAGAAGCAAGCAAUUGAAUGGACAAUCGGAUCCUUUUAGAGUUGAAAAUAGUUCAGCCGAGACUUUGGCAAAGCAAGAAAUUGAGCUGCUGAAAUGUGACGACAGGCAAAAAGUGCUGCAGUUGACUAUGAUAAAAAAUCCUCUGAACGAAAUCGGCUGUGAAGAAAUUCCCCCUGGUUGUGACCUGAGCUUAGUACAGACCGAAUCCCGCUCCACUGUGACGAUGGCGACGGACACCUUGUCAAUGGUGCAGACUAGGCAAAACAGGUUCCAGAAAUUGUUCAAGAAGCCCUUCUCUGGGGGGAAAAAGUCGCAUUCGGUAUCGCAGACGACCCUGACCAAUAUUUCGAUGCCUGGCUCACCGAAGGAAAGCAGCAGAGGCAGCUCUCUGGUGGAAAUGACGGAUCCACUGCAAGUACGGAGUUCGCUUGAGUCUGAGUACCUGAGUGACGGGCAAGCCUCGAGUGAUGACGACGACUCUGAAGGCAGUUUGCCCAGUAACCCUGAACCUUUGGUUUUCCGUAACAACAUGACCAUCAGCAAGCCUGUGCUGUUCUCGUCCACCAACAAAUUGCAUGAGCACAUUUUUGAGUUUAAUAACAAGCCUGCUGUCAAAAUUGAUGGGGUGCCUGGUACCAAAGGACUAGGGGAGCAAGAGUGGUUCCAUGGAGUUUUGCCCAGGGAAGAGGUGGUUCGACUGUUGAAAAAAGAGGGAGACUUUCUAGUGAGGGAAACCAUGAGGAACGAGGAGAGACAAAUUGUGCUCAGCGUCUCCUGGGGAAGUUCCCAUAAGCAUUUCAUCGUCCAAAAUUCAGCAGAUGGAAUGGUGCGAUUUGAAGGCCCUGCGUUUAAUUCUGUGCCAGAGUUGGUUGUUUACCAGCUCCAGUCUAGCCUCCCAGUCACAGCAAGGUCUCAGGUCAUUCUAAAAAAUCCUGUUCCCAAAGAAACUUGGGAGCUGAACAAUGACGAUGUGAUGUUGCUCGAGAAAAUUGGCAGAGGCAACUUUGGUGACGUCUACAAGGCAAAACUGAGGAAAUCAGGCCAGGACGUGGCUGUGAAGACCUGCCGAGUGACUUUGCCUGACGAGCACCGGCGCAAAUUCUUGCAAGAAGGACGAAUUUUAAAACAGUACGAUCAUCCCAAUAUUGUUAAGCUGGUCGGCAUUUGUGUGCAGAAGCAACCAAUCAUGAUUGUGAUGGAACUUGUCCCUGGAGGCUCGUUGUUAACUUAUCUUAGAAAUAAUGCAAAUAAAAUAAGCUGCAGACAGCUGCUGGCCAUGUGCAAAGACGCAGCUUCAGGAAUGAAGUAUCUUGAGUCCAAGAACUGCAUUCACAGAGACUUAGCAGCCAGAAAUUGCUUAAUAGGAUUAGAAAAUAUUGUUAAGAUCUCUGAUUUUGGUAUGUCGAGAGAGGAGGAGGAAUAUAUAGUCAGUGAUGGAAUGAAGCAAAUUCCGAUCAAGUGGACGGCACCUGAAGCCUUAAAUUAUGGCAAAUAUACAACUCUGUGUGAUGUUUGGAGCUAUGGAGUUUUAGCUUGGGAGAUUUUUGCCAAGGGAGGAGUCCCAUACAACGGCAUGAGCAACAGUCAAGCCAGAGAGAGAAUCGACGAAGGAUAUCGAAUGCCCGCUCCAGAGGGAACGCCGCCCGAAAUGUACCAAAUAAUGCUUAAGUGCUGGGCAUACGAGUCGGAAAAUCGACCCAAGUUUGACGAAAUCUUCAGAGUUGUAAAUCAAUUGCACGAAGCCUCGAGGCAAACUGCCAUCAUAUAACUUUGUACUUAACUAUAAUAAUUCUGUGUUCUUCCUUUACAAUUUUGUAAUAAGAAUCAUCAAACAGAUUUUAAUAAAAUGAUAAAUCGAAAAGUGUUUGAAUUCUACUCA